ACUGAUGAAAACAGAGGCAACCCAUCAAAGAUGGGAUUCUAAACAAACUUGAAAUGCCCCAUAAACCAAACAGCUUUAAUAUGUCUGCUCCUUGCUCCUUGCCUAGUAUUGGGGCAAUUGUGGAGGACCUGAAUGCUUUGACUGCCCUAGCCCAGCAUAGGAAAGCCAAAUCCCUCAAUGUAAGUGUAUGUGAACACAAGAGACCAUCUGAAGACUGUAUAUUAAAGCACAAAUGCAGGUUCUGUGCCAAAGUAUUUGGAAGUGAUAGUGCUUUGCAAAUACACCUGCGUUCUCACACUGGAGAGCGACCCUACAAAUGUAACAUAUGUGGAAAUCGGUUUUCCACCCGUGGAAAUCUCAAAGUCCAUUUCCAACGUCACAAGGAGAAGUAUCCUAAUAUACUAAUGAAUCCUUAUCCGGUUCCAGAGCAUUUAGAUAAUGUCUCAGCCAGCACAGGUAUUCCAUAUGGCAUGUCUCUGCCUCCUGAGAAGCCUGCUCUCAACUGGUUGGAUAGUAAACCUUUAGUGGGUAAUUCACUUGGCUUUAGGCUGCCAUCAUCUUUGCCAAGUCUUCUACCCAUCAUUAAAAAAGAGGAGGAAGGGGUAUCAAUAACUAAACAUCAUAGUCCUGUUGUCAGUGAGGCGUGUGAAAGACGUAAUGGACAUCAAGAGGGAUUUGGUUGUAGCCCUCUUCUAAUUUCAAAUGAGAAAUUUCAAGAGGUUACACAACCCUUGAGUGUUGCUACCUUACUAAGCUCCUCAGGGGAGGGUUCAAGAGAUGACAUUAAUACCUCGGUCAAUACAACCUUAAUAACCUAUCUAAAAUCGGAGCAGCUUGAAACCAAAUUUCUUUUUGGAAGUCUUCCAAAUCCUCCUGGAGCAUCUGAGACUUCAAAGCUGGAGCAGUUAGUGGAGAACAUUGACAAGAAGUCUACUGACCACAAUGAGUGUGCAAUCUGCCACCGGGUUCUUAGCUGUCAAAGUGUCCUUAAAAUGCAUUACCGCACCCAUACCGGAGAAAGGCCAUUCAAAUGCAGAAUGUGUAGACGGGAGUUUACAACCAAGGGCAAUCUCAAGACACACUACAGCAUUCAUCGUUCCAUGACACCUCUUAGAAUACAGCAUUCAUGCCCCAUAUGUCAAGAAAAGUUUACAAAUGCAAUGGUUCUACAGCAGCAUAUCCACAUGCAUAUGGGUGGUCACAUUCCUAAUGUCCCAUUGCACGAUAGCUGUGCAGAACUCAUGGAUCAGGAUGCUGACUCUGUAGAUGGGACCUUGGAAGAGGAUACCUUGUCCAGUGAGAUCAUGGAUGUUAUGGAAGGGGCAUCCGAUUCAAAAUACCCAGCCUCUUUACUGGACAGUCUAUGUUCUUCACCUGCUUCUUCUGAGUUUGCCAUAGUAACUGGGACAGAGAGUCAGAUUGCAGUUUCGAAUGUGGAAAAUUUGUCAAACGUCGAUAAGUUGAUUUUGGGGAAUGAAUCGGUGGAUGGAGACUGCUCAACCCUGAGAUUAUCUUCACUAGAUAGUGACCAUGAGAGUGUAGGGAGAAGUAUUUCGGCCAUCACUGAGACGACACCGUCCUGGAACCCAUCCUCCCCCAAUGGCUCUGCUUAUGAAAGGCAAGGAUACACUACAACUGACAGAAAUCUGAAAUCCGCUGAAUCAAAAAUCUCAAGCCUACAGCCAAAUCUUACAGUGUCUAGAUUACUUGAUGGAACAUCUGGAGAUACACCAAAAGAUAGCUUGAUCAUGAUUUUUCCAUUUAAUGAGUAUGGAUCCCUAAAAAGCAAUGUUUGUGAUAUCUGCAACAAGACAUUUGCCUGUCAAAGUGCUCUGGAUAUUCAUUAUCGAAGUCACACCAAGGAGCGACCAUUCAUCUGCACUUCGUGCAACAGAGGGUUCUCAACCAAAGGUAACCUUAAACAGCACAUGCUUACCCACCAGAUGCGAGAGUUACCUUCACAGUUUUUUCAGCCAGCAAAUCAGAUCCUGAUUUUUCCACCAAACCAGUUUCUACCCUCCAUGGAACCAAUUAUUCCCUGGAAAAGGAUUGACCACAAUGGGCUCAUCAGAAAAGAUCCUAAAGAUUCACACACAGGUAUAGUUAGCUCAACAGCUUCCAUAUUGCCUGCACUUUCUACACCAAAAUUAACACCAACACCACUUCGGAGAACAGCUAAACAGCACUUCUGCCACACUUGUGGGAAGACCUUCUCUUCUUCAAGUGCACUGCAAAUUCAUGAAAGAACUCACACUGGUGAGAAACCCUUCGCCUGCAACAUAUGUGGACGGGCAUUUACCACUAAAGGAAAUUUGAAGGUUCAUAUGGGAACUCACAUGUGGAGCAGUUCUCCAGCCAGACGAGGUUGCAGACUUUCUGUUGAUGGUCCAUUCCUUAGAUCCAAUUCCGAGCAAUUUCAGGACUCUUCCCCAAAAGAUGUUGUGGGUAAAGUGCGUAACGGAAAUUCCUUAGGCCUCUGGAGCCAAUAUACCUCUCUCACUAGUGGUUUGGGUGCAAGGACAAAUGAAAUACCUGUAAUUCAAAAUGGUGUCAUACCUCACCUGUCGAUUUCUGCUGGGCAACUGGAAAACAUAGAAAAAUUGCAGCUCAACAGAGCUUUACCUUGGCUCGAGAGAUUGAGCGAAAAUGGUGCAACCUUUAAUUUCCAGCAAUUGGUAGAAGACAAUAAAACAACAGCGACAAUUUGAAUUUAGUCUUUCAGGGUGCACGCCUGUACAUUCAAAUGUGAUGCAAUUUCAUAUGCGUGCUGUUUCUUUAGGAGUUUUGUACAAGUGUACCCUAUGUAGUGACAUUAAUACAAAUUCUGCUGUUGGUUAAUGUUCCCUAGUUAGGACAGAUCUUCACAACUGAAGUAGUGUUGAUUGUAUUUUAUAAAUUAAUUUGAUGCUUUUUGUUGUUUUGCCGAAGAACAUUCUAAGUAUUGUUAA